UCAGAGUCGAACUGAGGAUCGCUACAUUACUAGUGUAGCGCCUUACCAACUUGGCCAUAGAAGCUUUCUUCGGAUGUGGGAAAAAUUCCAUGCCGCUAAGCUGUGAUGCAGUGGGUGGUGGUGUCCGGGUGUUGUGCCCGAGUGCUUGAGCCCGCCGGCGCUGAAAAACUCUGUCAAAGUGUCCGAGGAAGCACACAGAGUCCUCGGCGAAGAGGAGCUGAAAGAGGCAUACAAACGCUGGUUCUUUGCGCUUUGUCUGCUGUUGUUUGUGCUGAGUAUCCUCUGAGCUACAGAUGCUGCCAUAUUCGAGAGCGCUGCGUGCGCUUCCACAAGUUGCCAGAUCGUCCAGGUACCCUUUGGCUCGCCUGGGAACCACUGUUGUGGUUCGUUUGCAACAUUCGGCGCCUGCUCAACGGGAAGGCGAGGUUGUUGCUGGUGGCUCAUCGCCAGAGGUGAAUGUUGAGAAGAAGCAGACGAAGCCUGACUAUGCGAAGAUUAACGCUGAAAAGAAGGAGAAACUGCUGCUACAGAUUAAGGCCAUCAAUGAAGAGGUUUCCAAAGAGAUCCAGGCCGGUGUUUUGUCCAACACUGUUGCGGAGCUCUUCUUCAAACAGGUGGAGGCUCUUCCAAGAGUCCCAAGAACAAGCUACUUGGUUGCUGAGUCCUUUAAGGACUCCAUCACUUCGAUCAUGGAGAAAGCAACGAAGGAGGCCAACGAUGUUAACCAACAGAGGGUGCCAAUCUCUCCAUUGGCGGUGCUGAAGAAGGCCAUCUCUCAUAACGUUGCGCUGCCUUCGCACUACGUCUACGUGGUGUCGCAGCUGCUGGCUGAAGGUGAUAGCUCAAACGCAAUGUCGUUGUGGGUCACAUACUUGGAGAAUAACGUUGACAGCAAGAGAAGCUUCAUCUCGCUGCUGCCAUUCUAUUCACUCGUCACGAUUGCCUACUUGGACCUUUGUAUCUCCCAAAAGUCAGAGCCAGAGCUGGAGAAACUCCAACAGUUACUGCAAGUGAAGUCUUUACCAAGAGUUCACACUUUGAAGUCCUCUCUCAACACUGUUAUCCCACAAAGUGACGCAAGAUUCAAGCCACUGAGUAACGCCUUGGACGGGUUGUUCUUGUUCUCUGUUGAUCCAAAUGCAACUUCACUGAUUGUGGAAGCUAUGCGUGCUUCAGAACUCGGUGAGACUAGAACAGUCCAUCAGACCUGGAACAACAUCCGUAAGGCUUCCGAGCUCAACGGCAAGAAGAUCACCGAAGACACCAUGGUUGCAUUCAUGAAGAUGUUUAACACUCUGAACCUGACAUCUGAGGCACAGGGGAUCUGGAACACGUUGAUCAACUCUGGUAUUCAUCCAUCUACUAAUGCUUGGAACAACUUGCUUGUUACAGUGUCCAAAACCCGUGGCCCAUUCGCAAAGAGAUUGGGACAGGUUGAAUACGUGAAGAGCAAGAUUCCAUCGCCAGACGACCAGACUUUUGCUACUUUGAUCAGAGUCUACACAACUCUGAAAGAGUUCGAAAAGGUUGAAGAGAUUGCAAAGGAUAAGAUGGAUAUCUCGAUUGUAUCCCAGGCUUAUCUACAAUCACUUGCAAGUAGAGGUGAUUUCUCAGUAGUUGAACAGUUCCUCACAACCUUGAAGAAGAGAAACAUUCAACUCAACCAAACAUCCUACAACAUGGUUUUGGCCGCAGCAUUGAGACAAGGCCAUUCUGAAAAGAUCCCAGAGUUGAUGAAAGACAUGAAACGUGAAGGAAUCAAGCCUGACAUCGCCACAUAUACCAUCGUCAUGGAUCAUAACUUGAAGGAACUUGCAUCCAGAGGCGAAGUCUUUACAGACCAUGCCUUUGAGCUCUUCUUUGAAGAAUUGGCGCAGAACGGAAUCAAGCCAAACCAGUUCACAUUCACUGCAAUUAUGGACAACUUGGCCAAGAACGGCUCAGUGGAGGCUGCAGAGUCUUUCUUCAGAUACUUACAAGCUAAGAAAAUGGCAUCGCCAGUGUCGUACAUCUCCUUGAUCACCUCUGAAUUCGAAGCCGGCCGUCCUUCUGAAGGUGAAGACUUGUUCAGAGAAUUCCUCAACGAGAGAUACAGGGUCACUGCGUCCCACUGGGCUGCAUUGUUCAAAGGGUUGUCGAGAAAUGGCAAGACCGAGGAGUUGAAGUCAUGGCUGUCAUCCUUGGAGGAGACUCCAGCACUUCUGAACCGUUUCUCCAUCUACUUCUUGUUGACUGCUGCAAAGAGCAGAAGAGACAGAGAGCUUGCUGAACAGGUGGUUGAUUUCAUCGCCAGACACAAGAUGAAGUCCGUCAUCUCUUCCAAAACUUCAGAGGUUAUCAAGGACUUGGAGAGACAGAUGGAUCUUCAACUUCCAGAGUAUCUUCAAGGCUGAAGUCGUACACACAUAUAUAUAUAAAGACAACAGAUUGUAUAGCAACAAUACAGUCCAUGUAUAUAGAAUUUCUACAGAAUUUGAUCAGACAAAGCAACGU